AUGUUCGGCUUGUUCAAGUCCUCAGUUCUUGUCUGCCUAUUCUCAUUUUACCUUGCUGGUCUUGUGAAUGGGUCACCGAUUGUUCUCUUUCCUGCUACUGGAGUCGAGCAUGCUGCUCGGGCUGCCGCGGCCACGCCAACGACCGUUUCGACUAGUCGCUUGGUCCAGACGUCAACUGGUCCACAAAUGGAAACGUGCACUAUAACGUUGACGCCCGACGCGUCCGGAUCUUAUCAAGAAGUCAAGACUUGUACGCUGUCCCCGGUCUCCUCCAGCGGUGCGAACCCCGCCGCCCCCACUACCGCCGCUGCCGGUGCUGCCACAACGAAUCCUGCAGUCGCUGUUAAUGGCCAUUCUUCAGUUGCAUCUAGCGCUGUGUUCUCUGCGACCACGACCACUCCUGUGGCAGCGAACCCCGAGACUACCGCUUCUGAGGGAACUGCGGAUGGUGCUUUGAACAACGUUGGAUCUUCUAAUCCUACACAGAUCAACAACGACGCAAAUCCGGGCGCCACCACUUCGGCUGCGUCAUCGGCUGCGACAAAGACCGCAGUUGCCGCCGCCGCCGCUCCAUUCGUCAUACCAGGACGACACAUCUUGAUCAUCCCGGUCGGACUGGUUGUGUAUUGCACGUUGACUGGCAUUACGAUGAUCUUAGUUAUAUUGGUCACGUUCGAGCGGGUGAUGUACCGCAGGGCGUUCCGCAAGCGCAAGCUCGCAGAGCAGGGGGCUGCUAUGGGUUAUGGUGGUAUUGGCAAGAUUUAG